AUGGCUGAAACAGGGUUAUCUUUCGGAAUUUUGAGUGCCGUUUGGGCCUUUGUCGGUAUUGUAUUACCCAUCAUCAUUCAUUUUGUAAUGGCAAAGUCACCAAACAGAGGGAUUGUGCAGAUUUGCUUGAUCCUCACUGCAGUGUGCUGCUAUAUCUUCUGGAUUACAACAUUUAUCUCACAGCUAAAUCCUCUGAUUGGUCCAGAGCUUCCAUCAGGUCUCAUACGGAUGAUCCAGCUGGAAUGGAAUUAG